AUGUCCUUCCUGGAGGAGAACACAGGUGUGAAGAUGGACUCUGGAGACCUGGAAAGAGCUGAACCCCAGUGCAGCUCAGAAGAUCCAGCCAGAGGCCCCCUGGAGCCAGACCCGAGCCUCACCUCCCUGGGCUCUGCACAUGCAGGUCUAAAAGUGGUGACCCAAGUCCCAGAGAAAUUCAUCAUUCGCGACUGGGACCACAAAGUAUUGGUGCUGUGCUCUGGGACCCUCCAAGCAGUUCCAGAUAAAUUCAACAUACACCCAGAGACCAUCUUUGUCUUACCCUGUCGCUUCAGCUCAGACUGGGAGCACGAGGGAAGUCCAAUUUUCAUGGCGGUCUCCGAAGGAGAGCUCUGUCUCUGCUGCGAGAUGGACAUGGAAAGAAGCCAGCCAACCCUCCAGCUGAAGGAACAGAAUCUUGGCAAGCUUAGUACCUGGAACAAAGAAGAAUCGAAGCCCUUCACCUUCUAUAGGGCAGAGGUGUACUCCCGGAACACACUAGAGUCGGCUGCCCACUCUGGGUGGUAUAUUUGCACCUCCAACAAUUUGGCUGAACCUGUUGGAAUGACAAACAAGGCUGGCCAAAAGGAAUACAUUGAAUUUUCAUUUGAGCCAGUCUAG